ACUUGACAAGACAAUUUAAUUUGUUACAAAUUGUUGUUUACUUUUAUCUGGAUUCGGUAUAAAGAUAAACCCAAAUAUAAAUCAUAUCAGUUUAUCGCAUAUAUUCAAGUAUUAAAUCUUAUAUAUAAAAUGGCUUUUGUUUAUCAAGGUGAUUCCGAACUAGAAACAAAAGCUAGAAAAGCUGCCGAGAGGAUUUCUGAGAACAUGCAUAUAGUAGCAAAUGAGCCAUCACUAGCACUUUAUAGACUUCAAGAACACGUAAGGAAAGCUCUACCGCCCAUGGUAGAAAGACGAGUUGAAGUAACUAAGUUGCAGCAUGAGUUGCAAGGAAGAUGUUAUGAUGUUGAAUAUGCACUGAGUGCUGUGAAGUCAAUGGAUGGUGCAGCAAACAGUUUUAAGAACAUUCAAGAGAUGUUGAAGCAGUCUAUUUAUCUAAAACAACAAUUAAAAUAUGAAGAAAGUAGGAGAAAUAAAAAAGAUACAAGUUCUGUCUACAAACGUCUCUCUGCCCAUAUAGUAUUAGACUUACCGGACUUGUCCGAUUUCUCUAUGGUCCGUGAAACCACAAAUAGAAUAGAGAACAUGAUGGCACAUGCCAGAGGUUCUAAUAACGAAUUGCAAAGAUCCCACACUACACUACAUUAGAA